AGCGGCAGGUAGCCUAAAGCGGACCCGCCGUCAUGUCUGAACUUCCUCUUUUCCACCUCCUCCACCCGGACUCGGCGGCCACCGCUCAUCCGCCCGUUCCUCGCCGACGCCGUCUCCCCCGCAGACCGGUGUGGCGCUCCAGGGAAAGGAGCCGCUUCUCCCUCCCAGCCCAGACAGAAGUGAUGGACCAAUUGGUAGGCUUCCAGAACAUCUUCUUGUAGAAAUAUUCAUUCAUGUACCGGUCUGCGAGUGGGUGCAAAUUGCAUGUGUCAACAAGCAGUGGGCAAGCAUAUUUCAAGGAGAUAGCUUGUGGUAAACUGCUAUUGCAAGGAACUGGCCAUCUGCUGGUCUUCGGAAACGCUGGCCUGGGCCAAUACCUAGAGGUUCUGCGAGGAGGUAAGUACUGUAUAUGUUGGUCCAAACAAUCAAAAUUAGGCCACAUGCUUCUAGUCUUUAUGUGUUGCUGAAUUGAUCCUUGUAGUACAAAAUUCAUAUAUUUUGAAUUUAGUUGAGGCAAUUCAAUUUUGAGCGAAGUUUAUCUCAAUGAACUGGCUUUUUCCCUUUAAGAAAUAAAGGAAAAAAAAAGAAUUGGCUUCUGCUAUACAAACUCACUAGAUCGGAACUGGCGAAUUGUUGCUCUCUUUGGAUAUCAUCUAGCUCUAGUGUUGUGAACAUCAAAUAAAAAUAGUUUCUUGGGUCAUUUUAGGAGAUUUCAAGCACUAUAUGUCAGUGAGAACUUAGUCCCAUCUGGUGGGGAGAUUGAUGAGCUUGUUGGUCACACUUAUCUCUACUUAAAAGAACAACUUGAGCGCCUUGCCAUGCCUCCUUCCAGCAUACUUCAUGGCACAAUCAUUGAUCAAUUCAUUGCUUGUGGCAGGACAGGAGAAAAGGCUCAUGAUCUUGCUUCAAAAAUAUGGCUUGCGGUCAUUGACGGCUUGGAAGAAAACCAGCAAACAGUCUUGCUGUUAAAACACCUCGCACGAUAAGGAGAAUUCUUCCUUCCGUUUCCGUACUCCACAUCAUAUAAGGUACUAUGGCGGGUGUUUGACAAGCUGUUCACUGACUUCCGUGACUGUUUCAGCGGGGUUGAUUAUCAUGAUGCGCUGUCAACUGCCAAAUCUAGGUUUCAGCCAGUACCCUCAACAUGGCUUGGCCAUUAGCGCACAUUUGUUGCUCUUUGUUGUGCACUUUGCAUUGUCAUGGAUAAAAGUAGCGAUACACUUUCCCAAAGGCAAAGUCCGGUGCCAAAGAGCGGCAAUUCCAGUGGACGAUUCAUGUACAUAUAGCAUCUUGACAACAUUAAAACUGUUGUUUGAGUGGAAAUACCCCUGUCUUUUUGUAAGUUCUUGAAACUGCUUUUACACAAGUCACCGUUUGCUCAGCUACUUCAGUGUAUAUUUACACUUUCUGCACCAGCCAGCUUCUGCAUUUGCAGCCUCGGGUUGAAAUAGUUGGUUUUGUUUUUUCACAAUAGUUGCCAGCUUGUAAACAAUCUAGUGUGCUGUUAAAGUUCUAGUGGAGUCGAUCUAUGCUUUGUUUCUACAUUGUUUUCUGCUGAAUGAUUAUCAGUCUACUGAAGGUGUAAAUUACAUUGUUUUCUACAUUGUAGCCUGCUGGCAAUGUGAUUCCGGAUGCCUGAUUGGGCACCUUUCCUUUCAUGGCAAUGCAGUGUCUAUUGAAGGCAAGCAUGUCUUCACAGAACAUGGUGAUGAAGGGAGAAAAAAAUGGGAUGACCAAUACAACUUGCCGACAAAACGAAAACCUUGUGCAGCCAUUGUUCUUUCCAGCAGCACAGUUCACAUGCAGUGGUGCAUGCUUGUGCAACAGAUCAUCCUCAAAUCACGCGCACGGCAUGAGUGACAGUCCAUAGCGACCUUCUUACACUGCCCCCAGCCUGUCUUCAAGCUGCAGACGACUAUAUAUAUAAGUCUGCUUCAACAAUCAUUGCGCCUCCGUGCACCAUCGCUGACCGUCGUCCUCCCCGGGCCAAGCUCCAGCAAUGGCGAGGCCGUCCCUGCUUCUCGCCCUGCUGGUCGCCGUAUGGGUAUGCGCGGCUCCAGCGCGCGCCGCCGACCCGCUGCUGGAGAGGUUCGAGCGGUGGAUGGGCAGGCACGGCCGGCUGUACGCCGACGCCGGCGAGAAGCAGAGGCGGCUCGAGGUGUACCGGAGGAACAUCGAGCUGGUCGAGCGGUUCAACUCCAUGGGCAAUGGCGGGUACAGGCUCGCUGACACCAGGUUUGCUGACCUGACGAACGAGGAGUUCAGGGCCAAGAUGCUGGGCUGGGGACCUCGCAGCAGGACCGGGCACGCCACGGCGCCAAGCACCGUGACUCGUGUUGGCAGUGGACUGGCUGGAGAUUUCUCUGAUCUGCCGAAAGGCGUCGACUGGCGGGAGAAAGGAGCUGUGGCGCCGGUGAAGAACCAGGGGGAGUGUGGUUCUUGCUGGGCGUUCUCCGCCGUCGCGGCCAUGGAGGGCAUCAACCAGAUCAAGAACGGGAAGCUGGUGUCCCUGUCGGAGCAGGAGCUCGUCGACUGCGACACCGUGGCCGUCGGCUGCGCCGGCGGGUACAUGAGCUGGGCGUUCGAGUUCGUCAUGAAGAACCGUGGCCUCACCACCGAGAGGAACUACCCUUACCUAGGGAUGAACGGCGCCUGCCAGAAGCCCAAGCUGAAGGAGAGCGCGGUGGCCAUCUCCGGGUACGUGAACGUGACGGCCAGCAGCGAGGCGGACCUCCUGCGGGCCGCCGCGGCGCAGCCGGUGUCCGUGGCCGUGGACGCCGGCAGCUUCGUGUGGCAGCUCUACGGCGGCGGGGUGUUCACGGGGCCCUGCACCACCGAGCUCAACCACGGGGUGACGGUGGUCGGGUACGGCGAGACCCAGGGGGACGCGGACGGCGACGGCGCCGGGACCCCGGGGCAGAAGUACUGGAUCGUCAAGAACUCGUGGGGGCCCGAGUGGGGCGAGGACGGCUACAUCCGCAUGCAGCGCCAAGCCGGCGCUGCCGACGGCCUCUGCGGCAUCGCGCUUCUCCCGAGCUACCCGCUCAUGUGAGCCAGGCUCUGGUGCUUGAAUUGCAUAGUUUAGUUAGUGAUGUACCGAAGCAUGUUAUGUGUAUGACCAUGGUGAUCAACUGUAAGAAUACAAAUAUCCAAAACCUGGCAGCUGAAGCAAAAUCGUGACGCUUGCCAGCUUUUGAACAAAGGGUGAUCCCCUUCCUUGAUAA